AUUGUACCUGGUAGGCUUGGGAAAACAUGCAAUGUAUGGUGCAUGAGUUUGUGCAUGAAUUAGGAAAACCUGUUUCUUAAGCUAGUUUGAACCUACAAAGGUUUCUCAAGCACUACUUGAUCCUGAUUGGGUGAUUGCAAUGCAAGAUGAACUUAAUCAGUUUGAAAGGCUGGACGUAUGGACACUCGUGCCUAAGCCACAGAAGAAAACAAUUAUUGACACAAAGUGGAUAUUCAAGAACAAGAGAGAUGAAGAAGGGAUUGUGGUGCGUAACAAGGCAAGACUGGUCGCGGAUGGAUACAACCAGCAAGAGGGCAUAGGCUACGAUGAGACAUUUACACUCGUAGCAAGAAUUGAAGCUAUAUGUCUCUUUCUUGCAUACGCAACACAUAAGAACUUCACCGUCUUUCAGAUGGAUGUGAAGACAGCUUUCCUGAAUGAAGUAUUGGAAGAACAGGUCUAUGUUGCUCAUCCAGAAGGAUUCAUAGAUCCCAGAUAUCCUGACCAUGUGUACAAACAUAAAAAGGCGCUUUAUGGACUGAAGCAGGCACCAAGGGCCUGGUAUGAUGCUUUAACUGAAUUUCUGGUUGAUUCAGGCUUCUCAAAGGGAAAGAUAGAUACGACACUCUUCAUCAAGCGACAUAAGACUGAUAUCACACUGAUUCAGAUCUAUGUCGAUGACAUUAUCUUUGCCUCUUCGAAUCCACGACUGUGCAAAAAGUUUGAAGAACUGGUGAAAACCAAGUUUGAGAUGAGCAUGAUGGGAGAAUUGAAUUUCUUCCUAGGCCUGCAGGCACGACAGCUACCAGACGGCAUUUUCAUAAGCCAGUCGAAAUAUAUUCUGGAAAUGCUUAAGAGGUUCCCUAUGUCCCCAUGUUUGAGAUCAACAUUGACGGCAAAUCUUCCAUGAAGAUCCCUAUGUCCCCCAAUAACAAACUGGACUCAGAUCCCCCAAGGAAACCAGUUGAUGCCACAAAUUACAGAGCUAUCAUUGGAUCUUUGCUUUAUCUGACUUCUAGCAGGCCUGAUAUUGUAUUCUCCACAUGCUUAUGUGUUCGAUUUCAAGCAAAUUCGAAGGAAUCACAUCUGACAGCUGUAAAAAGGAUCUUGCGAUAAAUCAAAGGCACCGUGAACUUAGGCCAUUGGUAUACCAAGCAUUCAGACUUUGACCUUGUCGGAUACUCGGAUGCUGAUUUUGUUGGCUGUCGAAUAGAUAGAAAGAGUACUUUGGGAGGCACCCAAUUCUUGGGUGAAAAGUUAGUCUGCUGGUCUUCCAAGAAGCAGAACUGUGUGUCAACAUCUACAGCUGAGGCAGAAUACGUCGCGGCUGCUAGUUGUUGUUCACCAAUAUUAUGGAUGAAGACCCAGCUCAAUGACUAUGGUUACACAUUCCACCAUAUCCUGAUCUACACUGAUUCACAUAGCGUAAUCGCCAUCACCAGCAACCCUGUUCACCGAUCCCGCACCAAACACAUCAAUCUGCGUUACCAUUUCAUCAAGGACCAUGUGGAGAAAGGAGAUAUUGAUAUGUACUUUGUAAGCUCCGAGUUUCAACUGGCUGACUUGUUUACUAAGGCACUGGACGACAAGAGAUUCCAGUUCAUAGUCUCCAAGUUAGGCAUGUUGAACCUUCAGCCUAUGUAAUUUUAUCUCCACCGGUGUGUACAAAUGUGUGUGUGGGACUUGUAAAUAGUGUGCGUGAGUUGCAUGUGUUGAGGAGGAGAAAAUCACAAAAAGAACAAAAAUAGUGUGCAUGUGUUGUAUGUGUUCAUAGUGUGCGUUGCAUGUGUCAAGGGGGAGAAAAAUCAGAAAAAUUCAAAAAAACAGUGUGUGUGAGUUGCAUCUGUAUAUUGAGUGUGUUGC